AUGUACGCCUUCAACGCCGCCGCUCUCCUCGCCCUUGUUGGUGUCGCUGCUGCCAAGCCCACCAUGUCUCCUGCUCCCAUGCCCACUGGAAGCAAGAACGGCACCGUCACUGUCACCAGCGUCGUCGAUGUCUACACCACCUACUGCCCUGGACCUACCAGCUUCCACAUGGGCGGCAAGGACUACAUCGUCACCAAGCCCACCACUCUGAUCAUCACUGACUGUCCUUGCACCGUCACUGAGACUCACCCCGCUCCUACUUGGAUUCCCGGCCACCCUGGCUACAAGCCCGAGCACCCCGUCAAGCCCGAGCAUCCCUCCAAGCCUGAGCAUCCCUCCAAACCUGAGCACCCCGUCAAGCCUGAGCACCCCCCUGAGCACCCCACCAACCCCGAGAAGCCUGAGGGUGAGAAGCCCGGCAAGGGAGAGGAUGUCCCCGAGGAGCCCGUUGUCACUGCCGGCGCCGGUGCCGUUCAGUUCGGACUUGGCCUUGCCGCCUUCCUCGGUCUCAUGGCUCUGUAA